AUGUACAGACAAAUCCGCGUCGAUGACCACGAUGUAAACUUCCAAAGAAUUCUCUGGCGUGAAUCUCCAUCAGAUCCUGUCGAAGAAUAUCAACUCCUUACCGUAACCUAUGGCACAACUCCAGCACCAUAUUUGGCCCUUCGUGUCCUCAAACAGCUGAUCGAGGACGAGGGAUCAAAGUACCCUCAUGCAGUUCCAGUCCUAAACGAUCAGGUGUACGUUGACGAUUUUCUUUUCGGAAGUGACAGCAUAGCUUCGCUCCUCCAAAUUCGAAACCAAACGACGGCCCUGUUAGCUCAAGGUGGGUUUUCGUUGAGGAAAUGGGCAAGUAACCACUCCGAACUUCUUUCUGACAUCGAUCCUUCGGAGCACGGCCUUGCGUUAGGCAAAUCCCUGAACGACCACGAAAGCACGUCCGUCCUCGGUUUGAUUUGGAAUCCCGGGCUUGAUCAAUUUCAAUUCCAACUUCAAGUCGAACCUGUCGCAAACAGCCCUAUGACCAAACGCAUGAUCCUUUCAUCAGUAGCCAAAAUUUUUGACCCCCUGGGAUGGAUCACCCCCUUCGUAAUUUCCGGAAAGAUUCUUAUUCAAAGACUAUGGUCGUUGAAGUCCGAUUGGGAUGAUUAUGUCCCACAAGAAAUCCAAACCGAAUGGCAAUUUCUUUGUCGCCAGUUAUCGGAGCUGAAACACUUGUCAAUCCCACGAAAAUUGUCGACGAGCAUCCAAACCAAUCAAAGCCUCCAUGGGUUUGCCGACGCAUCAACAGCAGCAUAUGCUGCCGUUGUUUAUGUACGUAAUGUUCUUCAAGAUGGCUCCGUCUGUAUCAGGCUCGCCAUGGCCAAAUCUCGUGUGGCCCCUGUGAAAACAGUUAGCGUUCCUCGCUUAGAGUUAUGCGCUGCACUUCUGCUCGCACGCCUGUUAAAGUUUGUCCAAACCGCAUUGAAAUGUCAGGUGGAAUGCCACUGUUGGACAGAUUCGAGCAUAACGCUCACCUGGGUAAACCAACCACCAUCACGUUGGAAAACGUUCAUAGCAAACCGGGUCGCCAAGAUCCAAACUCUGAUUCCAACCGCACACUGGCAUCACGUUCCAACAGAAGACAAUCCCGCUGACUGCGCUUCCCGUGGAAUACCGCUAUCAAAAUUAAUUCCUCAUCCAUUAUGGUGGUCAGGGCCUUGUUGGCUGCGUGAAACUUCCAACUCUUGGCCGAAAUCAGAGCCAAGACCAUUCCGAGAAGCCUCACUCGAGGAAACCACGCACGAAAUUCCUAGCAUGUCAACAACCCUAAAUACAUGGGAAUUGGAGACUCGGUAUUCGUCCUGGCCGAAAUUGCUUCGGAUAACCGCGUACUUGAAACGUUUCGUACAAAACCUCCGAAGAAAAUCGGGAAAAGCGGAACUUACCAAAUUGGAGUCUCCGAGUAAUAACGCGAUCCUAGUGCUGACCCCUGAUGAGAUUAGUCAAUCAAAACUGUUCUGGUUGAAAAAGAUCCAGAGCGAUGUAUUUCAACCCGAGCUAGAGCGGUUGAAGGCAUCGAGACGGGUCUCAACAUCAAGCUCUCUGAUUUCUCUAAACCCGUACAUCGAUGCAAACGGUCUAAUACGCGCCAAAGGGCGACUGAUGAACUCUGAUCUUUCUGAAAAG